UAUAUGUCUCUUACCAAUUCUUUAAAAAAAUUACAACGUAAGGAAGAGCUUGAGAAAGAUUUUGUGGAAAGCGGGGAAAGAGAUAGAGUUGAAGAAAUUGUUGUGAGACGUUUAGAAGAAACUGGAUGGACACAACAAGUGGAAGGGAUGUGUAGAGAGUAUAUUUCAAAAAAUGGAUGUGAACGAAUUGAACUAAAAAAGAUGGUAGACGAAUUGAAAGAUAAUUCAAGAAAAAUUGUCCCAGAUGAAGUUAAACGUGAAUUGAUGAAACUUAUUCAAGACUUUGUGAACAGUAAAACAGGGGAGGAAGGUGGAGGAGAUUAA